AUGGCCAGACUCAACGAGGCCCCUGUGCCGACCGAGAGCGUUGAUGCUUUAAAGCGCCGCUUUGUGCGACAAAACCGCGAACUCGCCAAGAACAACUCGGCCCAAUGUUUGCGCAUCCGCGCCCUCGAGUGCGAAGUGUCACGCCUGCUCGCCGAGAAUCUCGACCUUCGUGAAGAUAUCGCUCAUCUCCAGGCCCAGCUGUCCGAGCCUCGCUCUCACAUUGACAACUCCGCCCUCGUCUCGGUCAAAGAUCAACUCGAGGCCAAACUGCUCGAAUUUGGCUCCCUCGUCUCUGAACUUGGUCGCAUGCAAAACACUCCUCACUCUGCGCCCCAAGACAAAUUCUCCGACCCUUCUUCAUGGCGUCCUGAAGUCCCUGCUGCUAUCCUGUCUGGCCAAGCGCCGAGGAUGGACGGUAUCGCUGAAGAAGCAGCAUCCCCUGGUGGCUCUCUGCAAUUACAUCGCAACAGUAUUGUCCGCCUCUCCAAUCAAAGCGAUCCUUCUCCCGACAUUGGUCCGCCUCCAGUCGUUCAUUUCGACAAUGAGGAUCCUAUAAAGUUCGAUCCUCUUUGCACCGAGGCAGAUCAGCCAGACUCUACCGAACAUGACGAACAACCCACUUCCGACAACGACGAUUCGCUUUCGACCAAGUUAUCAGUGAACCUGGAGACGAGAAGGAAACGUAGGGACUCGAAAGUACAACUACGUAGAAGCUCGUUGCUCCCACCGAAUCUGGACGACGAGGACCAGCCACAACUCACACGGACAAGCGCUAAGAGAAAGCUCAGUGUGCGUGAUGUUGAAGACGACGGCGAGAAGCGUGUCAUGAAGGACGACUUUAAGUUCAGCAGAAGAUCCUCGAUUGCUGCAGACUCCAGGAGCACCGAACCAUUCACGGCACCGAGCGAUAUCCUGGAAGACACAGAGACGCCGGCUUUGUUGCCUGAACGCAAGGUCCUAGGCAACAAGAGCGUCAAUGUAUCACCACGAAAGCUGUCUAGAAGCGCAAAAGGAAAAGGAGACUUGAAAAAGGAAGAUGCUCCACUCAAGCCUGCUACGAAAACCACGGACCGCAGAAAAUCAAGGAACCCCAGCAAAUCGGUCAGCAUUGCCACGACCGAACCCGAGACAAUUAUGCGGACAAUCGAGAUUGCGCUCCCGUCAGAAUUGCACCUCGAAGAGGUGGAGGAUUUGGCGCCCAAGACACCACUACCGGAAUUCUUCUCGCCUACACCAUCAGAACCAUCGACAGCAAGAGACGAAGGAAGAGACACACCACCUCCAUCAGGACUCAAGUCGAUGAGUACAGGACCAGCAGCUCUGAAUGGCGCCAGUAGGCCUUCGCGACGAGCCAGAGCAGCGGUCAACUAUGCAGAACCGAAUCUAGUGAGCAAGAUGCGUCGGCCGACGGCAGCAAAAGCAGACGCUGUAGAUGCAAACGGACGAAGAAUCAGCAGCGUCAUGACCGGAUCCGACAAGAAGACUAUGAGAACGGUCAUAAUCAACGGAGACGACAUGACGGGACCACUGGCACCGAGCAUGGGCCCUGAAGCACCGAGUCCGCUGGGGCAAAAAGUCGACAGAGAGCAUGAACGAACACUUGAGGCAGACACAAUGGCUUCAGCAUCUGGCAGAGCGAUCUCAGCAUUAAUGGCAGGAUCCAGGAAGCACGAGAAGGAAGCAGCUGAGGAUGUAGGGGUACACGAGUUGAAAGAGUCUUCGGAGGUGGAAGAAAGUGGAGUGAGCAGGAAAAGAAACAGCAGACGGCACUCUUCAAUGACGGACAGCAGCGAAAGCGAGCUGAGGCAAAGGUCGAGCAAUGGGUCAGAGGAUCAACAGGGAGUUGAGGCAGAGGAAGAAGAGGCGGAAGUGCAAGAGACGGUUCGAAAGGCACCUCGGUCAGCACGAGUAGAUCGCAGCGGAGCCCGCAGACGUAGCAUGAUGGUCUAG